AGUGAAAGUAGGUGGAUAGAAACGAGAAAAAAAAAAAAAAAACAAACGCACACGGAAGACGCAGACUUAUUUCUCAUGUGGUAAAGAGCUGGCGGCAAAACCAGUGCUUGCACACUAUGGCGCUGUGGAAGCAAAUGACCCAGCAGUUGCAAUACCUGCCAACUCAGACGCUGAAUGAACUCUACCCGGACACAUUCCCUCUGGACAUCAGGCACUAUCUUGCCCACUGGAUAGAGGAACAGGCAUGGGAGAACUUUGAUGUAGACAACAUGGACCAGGAGCCUCAGGCCCGAAGGCUGUUGGAUCAGAUGGUGCACCUGCUGCAGGAGUUGGCCACACGCAACCCUAAUGUGGUGGAGAAGGUCAAAUUACAGCACAUCAGCAGGAACUUGAGCGUGUUUCAGCCACAGCCCUUGCAACUUGUGAGGACAGUGCGAGAUAUUCUGAGGAAAGAGAGACACUUAUUAGGACAGCAAGGUAUGCCCAACUUCACACCCUACCAGCCAAUGCCUCAGGGUCCUCCAGCUGCCAAUGGCACCCCACACCCUCCAAGGGAGGAAAGUAACACUGAUGUGGACAAUCUAGUGCUCAAAGUUUUGGAAAUUCAGAACUGUCGCCAAUCUCUUCAUCAGCUACAAGAGGAGUUGAACUGGGAAAAACAGGAGACCGAGUCUAUGUCAGGACCAAAUGAAUUGGAUCCACAACAUCCAGAUCAAGUCACUAGAAAAAAUCGUAUACAGCAACUUGAGUACAACUAUUCAGGUUGUGCGAAGAAGCGUGUACAGCUGCUUCAGGAGGCCGUAUGUGCUCUGGAGCAGUGCCAAUCCUGUCUGAUUCACAGAAUAAAGUCCUGGAGGUGGGAGCAGCACAGAGCAACCAUUGGCCUGCACUUUAAUGACAACCUUGGCCCUCUGCAGACAUGGUGUGAGCAGUUGCUCGGGGUGAAUGGUAAUCUAAGGCAGGAGCUCAUGUUACUGAAGAGAGACCAUGGAGGUGCUGAGCAGUUUCACACGCUGCAGGAUAGUCUGGACCGUCUUGUCCAGACUCUCAUUCAGAGUUCAUUGGUGGUAGAUAAGCAGCCACCCCAGGUGAUUAAAACUCAGUCCAAGUUCUGCACCACUGUGCGAUGUCUGCUGGGAGAGAAGAUGGCUCCUGGAAAACCUGUCAUGUUGAAGGCUCAGAUUAUUACUGAAGCACAAGUGAAGAACAUGGGUCAACAAGGGGUCGUACCUAAUGAAAAUGUAGGAGAACUUAUCAACAGCACAGCCAUCUUAGAACACAACACUGCCAGCAAGAGCACAUGUGCAACCUUUAGGAACAUGUCCAUAAGGAAGAUCAAACGAGCGGACAGGAAGGGCUCUGAAUCAGUGACAGAGGAAAAGUUUGCUUUGCUGUUCACCACAGAAAUAAUCAUCACAGGCUGUGAGAAACCUUUUGGCAUUCAGACAAUCACUCUUCCUGUGGUUGUAAUUGUACAUGGCAGUCAGGAAAUCAAUGCCAUGGCAACUAUCAUAUGGGACUGUGCCUUCUCAGAGCCUAACAGGAUACCGUUCGUUGUUCCGGAGCGAGUGCCCUGGAAUCAGAUGUGUGAUGCUCUCAGCAGUAAAUUCAUGUCUGAGGUGCAGACGCAGCGUGGCUUGGACCGAUAUAACCUUCACUUUCUCGCCCAGAAGAUCUUUGAUCAACCAGACAUCUCUGAAGACUUCAGCAACAUGCCUGUGUCCUGGGCUCAGUUCAACAAGGAAGUUCUGCCUGGUCGAAACUUCACCUUCUGGCAGUGGUUUGAGGGGGUGAUGGAUCUUACAAAGAAAUGCCUAAAAGAGUAUUGGAGUGAAGGAUUGAUCUUUGGUUUCAUUGGGAAGCAACACCUCCAUGUCAUCCUGCAAAACAAACCCAAUGGCACAUUUCUUCUGCGCUUUAGUGAUUCAGAGAUUGGUGGCAUCACCAUUGCCUACGUAGGUCCCAGUGAUAAUGGAGGCAGGAAAAUCCAGAACAUUCAGCCCUUCACCAAGAAGGAUCUGGACUCAGCUGGCCUCGGUGACCGCAUAAGGGAUAUUAACUGCAUCUCUCAUGUGUAUCCAGACCUACCAAAGAAUGAUGUAUUUAAAAAAUUCUUUACAGUGCCCACUCCCCCGCAUCCUGAUGGAUACUUGCCCUUUAAACUAACAACAGUAGUCAACCCAGGAGACCAUGGCUCCUCCACCUCCAGCAUACCACCUCCGACUGAGCCCUCUCAGGAUCUCUACUCAGUGGGCCCAACUUUCCACAACAUGAAUCAGGAUGUGUUCUCACCACAUCCCAGUCAUUGUACACCCCCAUAUAUGCCAGAGCAUUCAAUUUCUGUUCCAGGGCAUCUGUAUUCUUCACCUAUGUCAGCAAAUCCCUCAGGUGACGACAUGGACAUGGAGACACUGGAGGAAAUUUUGAGGGACAUUUGAGGUACUACCCCACUGUUCUUAGUGGAAAAGGCUUGGUGCUUAAAGGACAUCCAAUGCAACUCACAUGUUUUACCAAAAUCCCAAAAGGACACAUGACCCCAUUUGUUCCCAAAAGAGGUGUAUCUGUAGGAAAAUAUUAGAUAAACUUGUUUUGAACAUGCUACAGGGCAUAUCCAUGAAUCACUGGUAAAUAAUGAGACUGUGGGUAGAAGAUGUCUUAGGGAAUAAUUACAUGGGUUGUAUAGGUCUCCUCCCACCAGGAAAACACACUAAACUUAAUGCAGUUAAAUGGAGAAUUGUUUUUUAAAAUCAACUUAUCGAGGACAUUUCAUUUAAUUUCUAUAAGCAGGUGAAGCUAUUUCAGAUUAGCAUGUAGUAUCUAAAUUCAAAAGUAAUUCCUGAAAAGUUUCAGUCUUAUGACUAGUCUUGAAAACAGCAACACGGCAGAAAUUAUAACUGACAAGUGAAACAAGAAAUUAUUUUUUUCUUUAUCAUGUGGUAGUAUUUUCCAUUGUAUCAAAAGAGACCAAAUAGAUAUAACUUACCAGACAGUUUUGUCCUCCCUGCCUAGUGCAGAGUAAAACAUUUAGGAACAACAUUUUGUAAGUUUACUUCUGAAGUUUUCUGCAGAAAACAGAGUUACCACAGUUAUGGAAAACCUGGAAAUAUCAAGGAAUUUUAAAAUGGUGAUUUCCAGGCUUGAAAAAGCUAUGAAAAUUAAUUAAAUCUUAAAAGUCAUGGGAAUUCCGAUAGUGGAUGUCAUUUUUUUUCUAAUCAUGCUCUGCUCUAAAAUAUUGCAUCAGUUUUUUUUUUUUUUUGCGAGGACAAUCUCUAAAAAUAUUUUUAAAAAUUCUUAUUCUGUAAUCACAAAUGCAUGGAAAACAGGAUACCAAUGUGGAUAUGUGUCACGAGCAGAUUAGCAGUAUUUUAGUCUUGAUGUCCUGAACGAAACUGAUUAUCAAGGGAAGCAGACACUCCUAUUUGGCUUAAUUUCAGAAGUGAGCUGAGACUAAUAUCAUCACAGCUAUGUUUUUUUAACGUGUUUUUUUUUUUUUUUUAUCUGUUCUUUUAAUGUUUUUAUAAAACUCUGUGAAUAGAGUAACUUCCCAUGAUUCAAUGUAUUACAUCUUAGUUUAAGGCCAUGUUUCCAUAUAAACUCAUCUCAAAUUCAUUUGCCUGUUUUAUUUGCAUGAAUUGUUUCGUGAUUGCAUAUUUACUAUUCAGUAUUCUUAUGAUGCUACAGUUAGAUUUGGCGAUUAAGAUAAAUCACAGUUUGUCAAGUUUAUAUCAUGUCACUAGUGGAUUUUACAUUGUCACAUAGCAUCUGUUCAUUUAGUGGCACAACGAUCUCUUACUCAAUUUUGACAUUAGUGUGACAAUUUUGACCUUAGAAAAUGCCUCUUUGGAAGCCUCUCUUUCUAUCAUAAUCAUGCAAAAUUAUUAUUUUUUUUUUUUUGCACAAAAUAACAUUAAGGUUGUAUGUCUGAAUGAUAAAUAAGUGUAGACAAAACACUGCUCGGCAUAUUUUCUGUCUUUAGUGCUUGAAGUUAUCUUUCUUAAAAUUCAAAUGUAAUAUACAUAAACUCAGCAAAAAAAGAAACAUCUCACUUUCAACUGCUUUUAUUGUCAGCAAACUUAAUAUGUGUAAAUAUUUGUAUGAACAUAAAGAUUCAACAACUAUGACAUAAACUGAACAAGUUUCACAGACAUGUGACUAACAGAAAUGGAAUAAUGUGUCCCUGAACAAAGAGGGGGUCAAAAUCAAAAGUAACAGUCAGUAUCUGGUGUGUCCACCAGCUGCAUUAAGUACUGCAGUGCAUCUCCUCCUCAUGGACUGCACAAGAUUUACCAGUUCUUGCUGUGAGAUUUUACCCCACUCUUCCACCAAGGCACUUGGAAGUUCCCGGACAUUUCUGGGGGAAUGGCCCUAGCCCUCCAAUCCAACAGGUCCCAGACGUGCUCAAUGGAAUUGAGAUCCGGGCUCUUCGCUUGCCAUGGCAGAACACUGACAUUCCUGUCUUGCUGGAAAUCAUGCACAGAACGAGCAGUGUGGCUGGUGGCAUAGUCAUGCUGGAGGGUCAUGUCAGGAUGAGCCUGCAGGAAGGGUACCACAUGAGGGAGGAGGAUGUCUUCCCUGUAACGCACAGCGUUGAGAUUGCCAGCAAUGACAACAAGCUCAGUCCGAUGAUGCUGUGACACCCUGCCCCAGACCACGACGGACCCUCCACCUCCAAAUCGAUCCCAUUCCAGAGUACAGACCUCGAUGUAACGCUCAUUCCUUCGACGAUAAACGCGAGUCCGACCAUCACCCCUGGUGAGACAAAACCGUGACUCGUCAGUGAAGAGCACUUUUUGCCUGAACAGAGUAGGUGGGUUUGUGCCCAUAGGCAACGUUGUUGCUGGUGAUAUCUGGUAAGGACCUGCCUUACAACAGGCCUACAAGCCCUCAAUCCAGCCUCUCUCAGCCUAUUGCGGACAGUCUGAGCACUCAUGGAGUGAUUGUGCGUUCCUGGUGUAACUCGGGCAGUUGUUGCCAUCCUGUACCUGUCCCACAGGUGUGACAUUCGGAUUUACCGAUCCUGUGCAGGUGUUGUUACACGUGGUCUGCCACUGUGAGGACGAUCCGCUGUCCUUUCUAUCUCCCUGUAGCACUGUCUUAGGCGUCUCACAGUACGGACAUUGCAAUUUUUUGCCCUGGCCACAUCUGCAGUCCUCAUGCCUCCAUGCAGCAUGCAUAAGGCACAUUCACGCAGAUGAGCAGGGACCCUGGGCAUCUUUCGUUUGGUGUUUUUCAGAGUCCGUAGAAAGGUCUCUUUAGUGUCCUAAGUUUUUAUAACUGUGACCUUAAUUACCUACUGUCUGUAAGCUGUUAGUGUCUUAACGACCGUUCCACAGGUGCAUGUUCAUUAAUUGUUUAUGGUUCAUUGAACAAGCAUGGAAAACAUUGUUUAAACCAUUUACAAUAAAGAUCUGUAAAAUUAUUUGGAUUUUUACAAAAUUAUCUUUUAAAAUACAGUGUCCUGAAAAAGGAUGUUUCUUUUUUUGCUGAGUUUAGUUUCUUUCCUAUAAACUGUGAUUUUGCCUUCCAAAAAAUACUGUUCUAAAUAUUGUAAAAUAUAAAUCUUUCAUCUACUCAGUGCUUUGAAAGGCACAAUAUCAAAUGGGAUGUUUUUUUCAAAGGCCAACAGUAACUGUACAAUUCAUACAGAAUGCCAUAAAAUGUUUAUUAAUCGUGUAUUUACCCUGCACCUGCGUGAUCAUUGAUGCUAAAUAUUUUGUAAUUCUACUUUUGUCCCUGAACCACACCGAGGUUUAGCCAUGAAAAAUUUAAGUUGAAAAUAUGAGGUUUUCCCUUUUAAUUCAACGUGACCAAAAAUGUAAAUCAAGUAAAUAAGAAUCUGUUUUUAUAAAGAAAUAUUUGAAUUUGAUUCAUGUUUUAUCAUCUUCAUCUGAUAAAUAAAUAAAAAUGUCUCAUGAGCCAA